AUGAGUUUAGCACAGGAUCCAGUGGUGAUUGUCUCUGCAGCUCGCACUGCCAUAGGUAUUUAUUAAAAUUAAUUUAUAUAGUGACAUACAACAGCUGUGAAUGAUAAGAGUAACCUGAUCAUUUUAUAAAGCAUUGCUUUAACAAUCUUUUAUAAUGAAGCAUGUCAAACUACUGUGUUAGUGCUUCUAUAUGUAUAUUUGCAGUGUCUGUUUAUAUAUUUUGCAUUUAGUUCUCUCCUCGACAUUUAUACCUUUUAUAUUGUUAUAUGUUUCUUAUUGUUAUGAUAGGUUUAUCUUGCUUAUAACCUAAAAUAUAUGUACACCAUAAUCUCUAGAGUAAAAUAAGUUUUCUUUUGUACGUAGUUCUGGAUUUCCACAUUAAUUUGUACUUUAGCAUAAUUAAACAUUGUACAUGAACACCCUUAUUAGACUUGGAACUAUAUCCUAUAAUAAUUACAUCAAACAAUUAUCCCAGUGUUUCUUUCAUUUAUUUACACAAGUCAUUCUUCAUAGGGAACCAUAUUUUCCCAUUACUAUAUAUGUUUUGUCUUUUGUGUUCACAUUAUUAUAACUAUAUUCUGUUAUUAUGUGCUUUGCAUAUGUUUGCUGCUUUGUACUGCAUUGCAGUAAGUGUGCCUUUUAGGUAAAGUGCAGAUUUUAAAAUGAUAAAUUUAUGGAAGUGCGUGAUCAUGUUUAAAUUUUUAUAUAUAUAUAUAUAUAUAUAUAUAUAUAUAUAUAUAUAUAUAUAUAUAUUGUAUAACCCAGAUCUAUAUUGCACACUUACUCCCAGCUUCUGGCUAGUUGCAUUGCUGUGUAAUUUUGAGCUUAUUGGUGAUGACUAGUCUAUGGGCUGAGACUCAGAGUGGAGCUCAUGAAUAUUCGGCAGCUCCAUGUAUGAAUAGAGGGAGGGUCAGCCUCUCCAGGUCUUCGUGACAUUAUCUUCUCUCACCCUGAUUGGCUGCUGCUUGUAGAACCAUGUAUGGGGCUUGUUUCUUAUUGGAUGGCUGGAUGGCAAUGUUCUCCGUGUGUUCUGAUUGCUUGUCUGACAUAAACCAUAUCACUCUCAGUAGUUGGUGCCAGCUCUAUUCAUAUAAGUUGUACUUGUAAUGAGAGAGAGAGAGAGAGAGAGAGAGUGUGUGUGUGUAUAUAUUUAUUAUUAAUUUAUUUUUCUUCAUACUCUCACAUUUGCCUCUAACAGCAUUUAUGUUUUUAAAGUUAUUUAUAUUCAUCCUAUAGACUGUAAGCUCGUUUGAGCAGCGUCCUUAUUCCUAUAAGUUUUUUUUUGUUUGUUUGUUUUUUUGUAAUUGUACUAAACCCUCCCUACCAUAACAUGGUCUAGCUUCCACAAACACUAGCCUGAUAUCUAGCCUUUGCAAUUAUUAACUAUAGGGGGGAUAGUUUUGAAAGUGCUCUGUUCCAAAAUGUACUAUAUGUAGGGCACUCUCUAUGGAAAUCAGUGGGCCCAGCAGAUCUCUUCCAGUAGUAACUCCUCCACUUUUCCAUUUUUCACCACUUUUUAGAACAGAACUGGCUGAAUGCAACACACAUCCAGAGCAGAUGGUGAAAUGCUAGCUCAGGGAUGUCCAGCAUUGGCGUUCUCACAUUUCUCGUAGUACAUUAAACUACAUUCCUCAUAGUGCAUCAUUAAAUAAUUUGCUGCCAUCCUAUUGGACUUAAAGAGUUACUCCAAACACCAUGACCAUCUUAUUGGUUUGAGCUGAUCAUGGUGCCUGGAAUUUGUAUGUUUAGCAGUUUGCUAUGAAAUCCUGCAUAUACAGUCUAUAAUCCCUCUGCUGUCGAAGGGGUAACUCUGCCUCCUGAGGCGUCAUAGGUGUGUAAUUAGCCAACCCAAAACUGGAGUUCCAGGCUGUCUAUUGUCAACUAUGGGCAUAUUUCUAAGCCCCUUUACCAUGGAACUGGACCAAGGUACUUGUAGCAUCAUAACCACUAGAGUGGGGAGGCGCGAUCGCUGUCAAGUUUUGUCACUUCCCUCUGCUGUUGCUGGCAACGGCUGUGGGAGUAAGAUAUUGGCUCACUUGUCGCAAGAUAAUAUCUAUGGAUUCCCUUAUGGAAUCCUCUACUGAACUCACAUAUGUGAGAGUACAGCACUGAAGUGUGCUCCUGGCAGGUGAAGCCCCAGAAGCUGAAGCUCAAAGAUGGCGAGGCAAACAGGAAAUAGCAUCAGGUAAGUAUACCUCCUCUUCUCUGCACCCCUGGGCCACCACACACCAAGCAGCAAUGUCACCAUUGAGGUCUUGGUAGAAUAUGUAAAAACAAAAAAGUGCUGCUUUAAUGAGGCUGUAACCAAAUGCAUUCAAGUUUUAUCUGUGCCCUGAGUGUCUCUUUAAUGGGUACAUCUGGUCUGGUAGACUCUUGUUUAUAUGUUCAGAUUUCUUGGUCAUGUGUUCAGUUUGCUUUGAUAUAAUUCUAACCAAAUACCAAUUUCUGUUUUAGGUUCAUUUAAUGGUGCUCUGUCGAGCUUACCUGUUUAUGAUUUGGGCUCUGUUGUGAUCAAAGAGGUUUUAAAGCGAGCCAGUGUUAAACCUGAUGAAGUCUCUGAAGUAAUAUUUGGCCAUGUUUUGACUGCAGGUAUGUGUGUGAUGACCUGUGAUGUGUGUCUACUGUAAGCUGACAUAUCUAUUCAGCUAUGCAGUAAAUAUAUUUUAUGGAUAUGUUACUUUUUUGUUAUUUUAAAACUGGUGUGUGUUGGUGGUCAAACCAAGAUAAUGCUCAGACAUAUCAACUAUAGCACAUUUUUCAUUUAAUUAAUUUUCAGGUACCGGACAAAACCCCACUCGUCAAGCCAGUGUAUCUGCAGGUAUUCCCUACAGUGUUCCAGCCUGGAGCUGCCAAAUGAUAUGUGGAUCUGGUUUGAAGGCGGUCAGCCUAGGGGCUCAGUCUAUUAUUACUGGAGAAGCAGAUGUUGUGGUAGCAGGUGGAAUGGAGAACAUGAGCCAGGUGAAUAAUUUCUGUAGAAAUAUUUACACAUUUUGUGUUAUGUAGCUGGGAGUUAAAGAGGCUCCCAUAGAUGUGUGUAAAAGGGGCAAAUUUUAACAUUAUUUUUUUAUGUGUGCGAAUUCCACAUUCAAAAGUAAUAUGAACGGUUGUGCUCCACAUGUUAUUUUUUUAUAGAGAUAUUAUAUAAUUAUUGGUUAAUUCAAAACUUGCCACGAUAUCUCAGCACUGUACAACUGGUACACAUGACAUACAAAUAUGUGACACUGGAGGUUUAGUCUGUGAAUGUCCUUACUGUUUACAGCAGUGUUCCUCAACGUUUGGACAAUGACCGAAGCUAAGUCACCAAUUUCUUUUCAUUUGGUCUCUGUUAUUUGGACCAGGUACAUCAUAUUAGACAAGCCUCAGCCUGUAGCAGUAUUGUAUUCCCUAGAUCAAAAAAAGCCUAAUUAAAGCUGUUUUGUGGACUUUUUUAUGUUCUUUUACAUUUAAAGAAUAGGGACAACUGGCAAGUGUAUAGUUACACAAGCUGUGACAAUGUAAAAGUAGUGAUCUGUGGAUAAUAGAUAUUCAGUUGCACAAUGUAUUUUAUCAGAAUCAUAUGUGCAAUAUUAGUAUAAUGUUCCCACAGAAAAACACUAUAACCAUUAGAGCUUAUAUUUCCAAUUUUUUUAUUUUUUUUAAGGGAAACCGUAAUAGGCAUUGUAACAAUUUAAUUUUAUUGAAAUGGAGUUCUUCCAUUUCACAUUGUACUAUUUAGUGUUAAACAGUUUUUGAUCGGGUUGACACUGAGCGAGGGACCCCAUCUACUGAAACCCAAGCCUCUCUCUGCUGCUUUUGCUAAUGCUUCCUUAGUAUCCUGAGCAUUGAUGAGCUGCAGUGGUAGGCUGAGAGUGUCUGCUGAGUCCUCUCCGCCCAUUACAGUUGCCCAUCACUGGUGUGGAUUGGUAUGACUAAUGUAGAGAUCCACUCCAUUUCCCUACCUUCAGUAGGGGGGGCAAAGCCACAAGGCCCGGAGACCCUCAUUCAGUGUCAAGCUAAGUGAGAUUGAUUUAACAACUAACAGUGGGUCAGUGCCAAGGGACUUCAGGCUCCAUAAACACUUUAAAGAGACACUCCAGACCUUAAACAACUUUACCUUGCUGAAAAGCUUUGAGUGGAGAGUGUGUCCUCUUUUUUUCAUUUUGUAAAAAGAAGAUUUCAAUAUAAAUUAGGUACAAGACAACGGCAAACGUAUAGGAGAAAGUGGCUGUAGAUCUACAAGUAUAACAAAAGACAAAACAUAGCGUAAUACUGUUAUAAUAUAAUACGCAAGAUUGGAGUACACUCACAAGAUAUAAUGGAAUUAAUCGCAGAAAGCUGCCUCCCCUUAUGGUAUGGGGGGCUAUAGCCAGGACCCCUUAUUCUUUGGAACCACUGCUGGAAGUAUGGAGAGCCAGACUCAGGAUGCAGGAAAAAAACUGCUUUAUUUAUCCAAAAUAUAAAAUGAAGCUAAAAAAGCUUUAAAAGUACCAAAAUUGCUAAGGAGUUAUCCUACAUGUUUCACCCAAAGUAGGGCUUCCUCAGGGAAUCUCCCAAAGUAUAUAGCAACAUAAAAUAUAAAACAAUAAAAUAAAUUAACAAAAUAAUGAAUUCCUAUAAAGCAGAAUAUAACCUCCCCCCCCCCGAGUCUCUCUUUAUAAAUGGCUCUUGAUCCUUGUAGUUUUGGGUGUUUCUACAAGUCAAUCAGCUGUUCUUAAUCUUCCUUAAUGAAAUUUAAAUUGCCCGAUAUGAUCGGCAUUCACUUCUGGAUUUUCGACGUCAUUUCCAUUGCGCCGUCUUUCCUGGGCACACUAUAAUGACGUGUGCGUUCCAUGUGGCUGUUCUGCGUUCCACCUUCGGUGUUAAUAUUAACAUCUAUCUAAAACAAUGAAAAAAAGCUAGCAAACAGUAAUUAAUAUAUUUUAUUUGAGUGAAUAUAAUUAUUUGACCAUAUCUAUAUAAUGAUAGCUUAAGAAUAGAGUCCAGUUUAUCCUCCCUCUAUGGAAAAAAAGGAGGACACAACAUACAAAAAGACUAUAUAAUGUCAAAAAUCCAUUUGGAGAUGAAACUGGAUUUUUCCUGCAUCCUGAGUCCGGCUCUCCAUACUUCCAGCAGUGGUUCCAAAGAAUAAGGGGUCCUGGCUAUAGGCACCUUUCUGCGAUUAAUUCCAUUAUAUCUUGUGAGUGUACUCCAAUCUUGCGUAUUUUAUUAUAUUAUAACAGUAUUACGCUAUGUUUUGUCUUUUGUUAUACUUGUAGAUCUACAGCCACUUUCUCCUAUACGUUUGCCGUUGUCUUGUACCAUAUUAAAGGAAUAUUGUCUAGGAUAUUCCUGGAGAUGGCUACCACUAUCUAAGAAGAUAAGUGUGUUUUUUCCAUCACAUAAUUGUAUUUCUUAAGUGUUGGAUAUAUCUUUUGUGUGAAUUUAUAUUCAAUAUAAAUUAACCUGGUUAUAUACCCCCUUGGCUUUCAAGCAGACAACAGGCAAUAUUACUAACUGGUUCUGUUAGCUCAGUGCAGCUGACCUCAGGAGACAGCAAUUGCCCAGAGCACUUGACUUACAAAGACUUCUCAUUGAUUUGCAUUGGGAAGCCUGUGAUUGGACAGUCACAGAAAGUCUGGGUGGGGUUUGAAGGGGUGAGCUUGCAAAGGCAGUAGACAAAAGAUCUGCAGGUUUUCUAGGCUGUUUUAGGUAUAUCCCUAAUGGAAAAAAAAUACAUAAUUAAAUUAAUGCACGUUUUAAUUUGGGUAUAUCUACUAAACAGUGACUUUUGUAUUAUAUGUGGGUAGUGGAGUGUCCCUUUAAUGAGGAGUAACUAUGGUACAUAGAGUGUCCUUUUAUUUAAACCAUACACAAAGAAAAGCACAAUUAAAAUUGUUAAUUUUUUUUUUAGUUUGUAACUAGCAGUGUGGUUCAUUUCACUUUCUGUCCUCACACAACCUCAGAAUACAUUGACAGGUUUAGUUUGUGUUGUGUUGUAAUACAUAUAAACAUUAACUCGGAUUCCAAGUAUGUCUGACAGAAGGAACUGCUAAUUUAUCUUCCCUUUCCAAUAACCCAUGUGCAUUGGGUUAGGCAUUUAAAUAUGAUAGAGGUCCAAGGCACUCUUCAAUACCAGUGCCCUAGUCCCUGACAUUAAUAGACCCCCAACUCUGGCAUUAAUAGCCGUUUUUAAUUGCUGAGGGAUGCCCUGUCUCCAGGUAGAGUAUAAGUCUUUCCACCCCCACACACCAUGCACACCUCCAAUUGUUCCAAGGGAUGAACAAUCCCUAAAGUUCUACAUAUGCUCUUAAACAUCUGUGGGCAUAGUGAUUUUCCCCACAUCGUUUUAGAAAUGAGUAGCAAUCUUGGACAGUUGUCAUGGCACACAGUGCUACUCACCUGCUGCACCCUAAAGGCAAUAUUGUGGUGGCUGAUGCAAUUCGUGUCUCUCUAGUCUUGUCUGCUGCUCCCCUGUCCACCCAUUCAGUGCGAGGUUCCGAAAGCACCACAUCGCUACGGCAAGAUGGUGUCUUCCAUGUGGACUCUGAGGCAGAGACCAGGGAGAGACUGUGGGAGAGGUGGUGCGAGGAAAAUGAUGCAAACCAAGAUGAUGCUGAGUCUUUGAACUGUUUAUAUAGGUCCACGGUGUUCCGCCUACAGGGGAAUGGUGCUGGUUAUGUGACUCUCUCAGCCUAUUUAAUCCCAGAGUAACCCCUAACAGUGCUUGGUUGUUCUAAGCUUCUAACUGCGCUUUCUCGUUGCCUGCCCUGUCUUUUGGACCUCCUGAUCAUGCCUCUUGUCUACUCCCUCUUGGAAACUGUUGCCUGGCACGUUUUCCUGACCUAUCAGGGCCCUGUUAUCACCCUCAGGUGCUCCUGAAGUUUGUGAUUUGUGAUUAGAGAUUGCUGUUCCGCUGAAACUGAGUUCCUUAUCAACAACUGAACCCCUCUCGGGCUGUGACAACAGUCUUCCAGAAAGACUGGCAAGUAUUGUUUGAGGGAUUCUUGAAGCUUUCCAACUCUUGGCACGGUUGGUUACAUUUUUUUUUUUUUUUUUUUUUUUAAAGAGUAUACCUUACUAAAGAUCUCAUUAGAUUACCAAAGCAAAUAUCUCCAAAAUGGGUGAUUGUGAAAAUGGUCCCCAAGAUGGCCAAAAGAAAGACACCAGCUGCUGUGGAACUAAAUAUCCUGAUACUUAGUUUGCCCUAAGGUUGGCAAAGAAUUUUAGAUUUGUAGUUCUACAACAGUGUGGGAUAUUCUUUAUGGCCAAACGAUUUUUCUCCUUUCAGCAUAAUUAGUGUCCUUGAUUCAUUCAAUAAGAAUUGUUUUACUUACUGUCUUCAUGUACUUAGUUACAAAAGUACAAGGUUAAAAAAAAUAAAAAAUAUAACCAAUUGUGAUUAUUUCCUGCAGGCACCUCAUUUAGUGCACAUGCGAGCUGGUGUUAAAGCUGGAGAUGUUUCUCUACAAGACAGUAUACUUUGUGAUGGUCUCAAUGAUGCCUUUUACAAAUAUCACAUGGGGAUAACUGGUGAGCGACAACACAUUGCAUUUUUUCUUUUUAUUUCUUAACCCUUCCUACAUCAUGACACAUGCGUUGUCUUUGGGAAGUCUUUAGGCUUCUUGUGUCUAACUAACUUCAGGCAAGUUGCUACAGGCUUUGAAAUGUUGGCAUGUCUGGCUAAGGUACAAUGAGAUACUAGUUAGAUGGAAGUGAUAGCUUCUUUGUGUCUUCUGUCAUUAACCAGUUUUAGAAAAAGGGUCCAGGCACUCCAAUGUCUUCAGGCACCUUUUUUUGGAACAUGUGGAACGCUACAACGUUUCGGCUCCCAAUGGAGUAUUUGUGAAGCACUUCUAACCUCUCGCUAAUAUUUCCAAGUACAAGGAAAGCAUGUAGGCAAUUUUGCCUAAUCUCAUAGGUACCAGGCAUGACCUAUUGCGUUCUGAGAGAAACUUUCUUUAAAGUAAGCAUUUGGUCAAACUGAACAGAGAUUUCUGUCCAAACGCCUCCCAGAUGUCAAACCACACUGGUAUCCCUUGCCAAGAUUCCUGGCCAACCGCCUCCAAGACUCACUUGCGGCCGGUACAGCGGACAUAGGCACUGAGCCUGCAUAAUGCGCUAAUAGAAACAGUUAUGGUAGAGCAAGUGUCUCAUUCUCCCCGUUAAUCCCCAAGUUAUUUCAUGUUAAACCUAGAUACAAGAUGCUACCGCUUCCUGCGAAUACAUUCCAUGACUAGCAAGAAAAUCCCGUAAGGUUGCGAAUAUACCACAUAAGGUCAACAGGUUACCUAGCCUUGUAAGUUCCUAUCCGCCGCUAAUGUGGAGGGCGGCCAACAGACCCACAGAUAGUACUAAAUAAUGAAAAGGUGAAUCCUAGCCUUCUGUGUACAUAUCUGCUGCUACUGAUUGAUUACUUAUAAUAGCGAGCUAUACCCACCGUAGUUCUGUUAGAUCUCUUAGCAGACUCCAAGUCAUGUCUCUGUUAUGGCUGUAUGCUAUGUAAUACUGUAUGCCUAUCAUUAUUGCCUUUACUAUCCUGCAUGUUAUGCUCAACAUGAAGUUUAUCUAUGUACGCUUCUUAAUUGUGCACCUUACAAUGAUACACAAAAUAUAAGUAAGGUUGCAAUGGUCUCCCGUAUCUCCCAGACUGCUACACUGUUCAUAGCUACCAACUGAUGCACCACACUUCCCCAUCCUAAGACCGAUGAUCUCAUGAGUGUGCAAUACGCACAUACAGCGAUAUUUAUGCCUUCCAACCUCCGGAACUAGAUGUGUAAUAUUGCAUGCCUAGACGUUGCCUGUUGGCCGACACCGGUAUUCUGUGUGACUCCAUGUCUAUCAAUAUGUUACAAUCUUCUGUACCUGUGUAACUGUGUCAUGUAUUUAAAUGAAACAUUAAAAAAAAAAAAGUUUCUCUCAGAGAUAAAUUAUGAAUGUAUUUAUUUACCUUGAUUUGAGCCUCCCCCCGGUCACUUAGAUUGAUUUUACUAUUUAAUAAUUUUUCCCAUUUUAAUAUCAUUAUAGGUUGCCUUGGUGACAUUAUUAAAACACAACAUUUAGACAUCAGUUUAUCCUUCGCUAUCAGAUCAAAAAAAUUUUUUUUAUAAUUAUGUUUUUUCAUUUUGAUCCCUUAUAGGAUGUGCAGUGUUUCAAGCUGCAAAUCCAGGUUUCUACCACCAUGACCACUUCAAAAAGCUGAAGUGGUCAUGGUGGUUGGAGUAACCUUUCAACAUGAUUACCAUUGUAUUAUUCCCUUAACAAUCUGACAUUCAUUACAAGCCUACGACUGGCAUUAGAAUGGUACAGCUAGAAGUAUGCUUCUUAAAGUGUCUCAGAGUGCUUUAAUGGCCACCAUCCUGCCUGUGGACCACUUUUUUUUUUGUAUAUUUAAAGAUAAGGUUGGUUAAUUCAACAGGGAAAAAUAGCCUGGCCUCUAAAAAUGUCAGUGUUGGCAUUUAACAUGUUGGGAUAAUAUAACCAAUUUUGGCUUUAAGAGAAAAUGGAUGAACUCUAUUUUACAGAAAUUUAGACAUUCCUGCAAUGUAUAUUUAAAAAUAAAAAUAAAAUAUGACCUGUUUUAGCAUUGCAUAAAUAUAAAGGAGCUCACCCAAUAAAAAUAUCAAACCUACAGCAGCUGAGCACAUGGAACCAGAGACUCUAGAUCUUUCUAGGUUUUUCAUGUAUUUAGUAGGUUAGCCUCGACUGACUAAUUUCAACCAUAGCAAUUUGUUGACCUGCUUACUUUGAGUUCUCUUCCACUUUUUUCCCACAGACCUCAUAUGAAAUGGUAGCUGAAGAGCUUGAGCUAUGCUUCCAUCUGUGGAUAUUAAAGGAACACUAUAUGGUCAGGAACACAGACAUGUAUUCCUGACCCUAUAGUGUUAAAGCCACUAUUUAGGUGACUUGGCCUUAUUAGAAAAGUUGAAAACUUACCUUAUUCCCAGCAUUGCGUGGGUCUGCCGACGCUGGCCCUGCCCCUGAUCCGACUCCUUGGUGACAUCAUCAUAAUUGCUGCUUUUAAGCCAAUCCAAUGCUUUCCCGUAGGGAAAGCAUUAAACAGCUGGGAUGGGGGCAUGGCCAAACACCGUUUUAUCCAAUCAGUACCUCCUCAUGGAGAUGCAUUGAGGAAAAUUCAGCGUCUCCAUGCAGAGCGUGGAGACACUGAACGGCAGUGCUGCCUACUAUGCAGCACUUCCCCAUGAAGUACCUUCAGUGGCCAUCUGAGGAGUGGCCACUUGGAGGUGUCCCUAGGGGGCAGUGUUUGCAUUGAAAUGCCUGAAGGAAAUGAUUAUACGUACCAGAACAACUACAUUAAGCUGUAGUUGUGCUGGUGACUAUAGUGUCCCUUUAAGGCUGUCAAUUGAAGUUAUUUUAAAGACUAGAUUAUUAAUCACGUGCUAUUGAAAAUAGAUGCAGACAGUUUAUAUUUUUUUGUGUUAUUCCAAAACUCUCAUUCUUGAACUGUAUUUCUAUCUUUAACAUUCUAAUUUUUUAAUGAUUCUGGACUUGACUGCAUCAGAUUUCAAGAUUUGUUGUUUUUAAGUAUAUUAUAUGGCAUUUCCUGAAGUUCUAGGUUCUGUCUGAUAUCACACCAGUGUAACGUCGUUUUGAAACUUGUUUCUUUUAUAUUUCCUUCCUGCUUGUUAUGUUAGCAUAAUUGCUUUCUUCAUUUUACCUGCAAAUUAAAUAUUUGCUUUUUCAAUCAUUCUUUAGCUGAAAAUGUGGCGAAACAGUGGAACAUAUCCAGAGAGGAACAAGAUAAACUUGCUGUUGAAUCACAGAAUAGAACUGAGGCAGCACAAAAAGCUGGUUACUUUGACAAAGAGAUUAUCCCUUUCAGUGCCCUCCAGAAAAGGUGGGAAUCUUGGAUUUUCCAAGAUGUGUUUAUCUAACCUGCUAAUGUUUACAUUGUGCUAGUUUCAAGAAUACUUGAUGCUAUUGUUCCAGCUAAGGCCCCAACAAACCAUGUGCCUCUAAGCCUUACCUGGAAACCUUUGCAAUCUAAUGCAUUGUGAGUUUAAUAUUGAGAAGGAUCUCAUAGGUUCAAUGUAAACUCUCUGUAUAGCUAGCGGUAUCAACUAAACCUGAUAGAAAGUUGAAUGUACUGAUUUCAUAGUCAAGGUAUUUGAUUUUAAACCCAAUUCUGCUGGAUGGCUGUACUUUGGCUGACAUGCUCAGUAUGUCAUGUGAGAGACAGCGUCACCUGGGGAGAUAGUGAAUGUGUCACGUGGUUGUGGAGUUUUAGCACUCUAACAUGGUAGUGAAAUUAUGAGCUUCAUGAAAAGACAGUCAAAAAACUGACUUCACUUUAAAACAUUUCUAGGCCCAGUUGAAGUGAAAGCAGAUGAGUUCCCACGACAUGGAAGCAAUUUAGAAGCAAUGACAAAAUUAAAACCAUAUUUUCUGAAGGAUGGAAGUGGCACUGUAACUCCGGGUAAUGCUUCAGGUAAGUGAUAUUGUUCUUACUGUGCACUGCAAGAAAUGAACAAUUGUGUAAUACAAUAUGAGACACGAUUAUAUGCGCUGACAGUUUAUUUAUUACUCCUUAGUGGUGGACAGUCUUCUUGCCCAUCCCCCUUCCUUAAAGCUAUAAAUAAAUAUGAAAAAAAAGAAAGAAGAUAAGUCAUGUCACAUCCUUCAGUGUAAGACAGUUCCUUGCAUCAGCUCUGCUUUACCCACUUAUCAGUACUGAUUAUCUCCAGGCCCAACCAAUGCUUCUUAUAGAGAAGCAUUGCGAUGAAAGGCUCAUGUGCAGCCAUAACCGUGCAUCCAGCAAUGCUUCUCAUAGAAGCCCAGACUUUUGAUUUGUGCCCCAACACAGAGUAAGCAUGCAGAGCAACCUUACGGCAGUCUGACAGUCAGGAGGGUGCAUCGGUGUUAGUUUAUAAAAGUUCUAGUUUCUCUUAAAAUAAACACUUUCAUAAAGUAAAAAGGAUGGGGCAACUAGAAGCAUACUUGCAAAAACAGAAUAUUUAAGGAUAUCAUUUUUCAGUUUAGGGUAAAUGCUUCUUAAUACAAGGAUUAAUCUGACUGCCAUUCUUGGGUCAAGAGGGAUUUUUUCCCUAGUUUGUUGCAAAAUUGGAAGUGCUUCAAAUUCGUUUUGUUUGCCUUCUUUUGGAUCCACAGCAAAAAAACAAAUAUGAGAAAGGCUGAACUUGAUGGACACAUGUCUCUUUUCAGCUAUGUAACAAUGUAACUAUGUUAAUAGCUAAAGUAUUACAGUUAGCUAAAGUACUUUUUGGGAUAGAGUGUGUUUUUAAAGUAAUAGCGAUUUAUAGCUGCAAUAUAAAGGCACAUUAUCUAUUUUUACCCUUAUUUAUCAAAAUAUAAAAUAUAUAUAUACACACACUCCAGGCAUAGUGCAGUAAUAUGCUUUACGAGAACCAUCGGAUUAGCUGGGAGAUCAUCAGUAUUGAUGAUAUUUUGUCCAUCAUCACCACACAAAACAGAUCUUCAGGUGGUAAUUGCAGCUAAAUUUGCUAUAUCUGGUUAAUGUAAAAUAUAUUCAACUAACAGGUUUAAUCCCCCCUGUAAAUAGUAGAGGGGUAAAUGAAAUUCAUUUUUCUGCCUGGAAAUUAACUUUUUUUUUGUUUUGUUGCAGCAUAAUUUAAUUAUUUCCUUUCCUCAGGUAUCAAUGACGGAGCAGCUGCUGUAAUUCUUAUGAAGCAGUCUGAAGCUCACAGAAGAGGACUUUCUUCUUUGGCACGGAUUGUUUCUUCUGCUCAAGCUGGGUUGGAUCCAUCCAUUAUGGGAGUUGGGCCAAUCCCAGCAAUUAAAAAAGCGGUGAGUGUUUUUUCAGCAAACGUUAUCCACUGCAUCUUCAUAGACUGCCAGGUUUUAGUUAGUAUGAAAAUCUUGAAUGUUUGUCUUUUUUUUUUUUUUUUUAAAUGUUUGUUUCUAUCUUGAAGAAAAAUGUAAACUUAUUAACAUUUAAAAAAAAAAUAGAAAGAAAAGAUAUGCCAUCCCUUUUGUGGCAUUUUCACUACCAAUACAAGUUAUCUGUGGAUUGUGCGGUUUCUUAUUAUUGAUCGAUUAAAAAAUGCAUCAGCUGCAUCAUGUGCAAAGCUGUUGAUGGCAUUUAAUAGUUUGGCACACAGUUCUUAAAAACUUAAAAUGCAUUAACUCAUGCACCUGUGAUCACCAUAUAUAUGUGAAAUAAAUAAAGUGCCUAAAUGACUGUUUAUGGAAAAAUGUCGAUGCCAAUACCUGCACAUGCAAUGAUGAUUAAGUAUGUCUUGUGCUUUCCUUAUGGACUGUUAAGGGGUUCCCCUUAAACACCCCCAGACCCAUUCUUACAACACCGGCAUUGAAAAAAGAAAGUACACCCUGUUUUAAUUCUAUGUCUUUACAUAUAAUGACAUAAUAACAAUCAUCUGUUCCCAAGCAGGUCUUAAAUUUAGGUGAAUACAACAUCAGAUGGAAAAACAACACAUUACAUAUUAUAUUGUCAUGAUUUAUUUAAAAAAAAAAAAAAAAAAGCCAAAAUGGAUAAACUAUGUCUAAAAACUAAGUAUACCUUAUGAUUUAAUAGCUUGUAGAACCUCCAUUAGCAUCAAUAACUUUAAAGGGACACUAUACUCACCAGAACAACUACAGCUUAUUGAAUUUGUUCUCGUGAGUAGAAUCAUUACUUUUUGCUGUAAACACGGUCUUUUCAGAGAAAAUGCAGUGUUUACAUUACAGCCUAGUGAUAACUUCACUGGCCACUCCUCAGAUGGCUGUUAGAGAUCCUUCCUGGGUCAUGGCUGCCUAAAAUGCAUCCAAACAUUCAGUGUCUCCUCCCUCUGCAUGCAGACACUGAACUUUCCUCAUAGAGAUUCAUUGAUUCAGUUCAUCUCUAUGAGGAGAUGCUGAUUGGCCAGGGCUGUGUUUGAAUCAUGCUGGCUCUGCCCCUGAUCUGCCUCUUUGUCAGUCUCAGCCAAUUCCAUGGGGAAACACUGUGAUUGGAUCAGGCCACCACUUCUGAUUAUGUCAGCAGACUGCUUGUUUUUUUUUUAAGGCAAACAGCAUGCAGAGUUACAGCCUCUGGCUUGAAUACAGUAAGAUUUUGUUAUAUUUAUGGAGGCAUGAGGGGCCCAGGUGAGCGAGAUAAUGGUGUUAACACUAUAUGGUCAGGAAUACAUGUUUGUGUUCCUGACCCCAUAGUGAUCCUUUAGGUAAUCGUUUUCUGUAUGACUUUAUUUAUCUCAAAUUGUUGUGAAGGAAUUUUGGCCAACUCAUCUUUACAACGUUGCUUCAGUUCAUUGAGGUUAGCUGGCAUUUUUUUAUGAACAGCUCUCUUAAGGUCCUGCGACAGCAUUUCAAUCGGGUUGAGGUCUGGACUUUGACUGGGCCAUUGCAACACCUUGAUUAUUUUCUUUUUCAGCCAUUCUGUUGUAGAUUUUCUGGUGUGCUUGGGAUCAUUGACCUGUUGCAUGACCCAAUUUUGGUCAAGCUUUAGCUGUCGGACAGAUGACCUCACAUUUGACUCUAGAAUACUUUGGUAUACAGAGGAGUUCAUAGUUGACUCAUUGACUGCAAGAUUCACAGGUCCUGUUGAUGCAAAACAAGCCCAAAUUAUCAUCUCUCCACCACCGUGCUUGACAGUUGGUAUGAGGUGUUUCUGCUGAGAUGCUGUGUUUGACUUUCGCCAAACAUGGUGCUGUGCAUUAUGACCAAAUAUCUAAACUUUUGACCUUAUAACCCUUCCCAGUUUGAUGGGCAGUACAAUUGCUUCACUAAGACCAUUGUUGAUGUAUUUCUGUAUUAACACACACCUGAAUGCUCAAAACCAGCAAACUUCUUAAGACCGGAGGGCGUACUAUUUUAGGCGGCUCUAAACGCCGCCAGGCGUAAUAGUACGCCCUCCUUUUUUUUUAAAAAAAAGUUUAAAUUUUUUUUUUUUUUUUUUUUACUUACCUGCUCCCCGGCGAUCCCACGCUGGGGAUCGCGGUUGGGGGGACUCCCAGGGAGCCCCCCGCAGCACAUCCAGCCUCCUGCAGCCCCCCCGGCCAAGUGAGAGUGAGGUCAUUGCGAGGACCUCACAAUCACAUGGCCGGGUUAGCUGGCUGCUGUAUUGCCAGCAGGGGGACUGCCUGUAAUGACAGGUAGUCCCCCUGCUGGCCAGAAAUCAAAUUAAAUUAAGGUUAAAAUAAGUGUAAAAAAAUAAAUUAUAUACUUAGAUCAUAUAUAUAUAUAUCUCAAAUUACACGUAGACUGAUACUAAUUAAAUAUAUAUAAUUAUUGUUAUAUAUAUUUAUAUAUAAUAUUAAAAAAAAUAUGUAAAUACGUUAAAAAGUAAAAUUAAAAAAAUAAUUAAAAAUAAAUUAAAAUAUAUAGAUGUGUUUCGUUCUAACUGUAUUGUGAUAUUAAUAUAUAUAUUUAUAUCAAAAUACACGUAGAAUGAAAUAAUAUAUAUCUAUAUACAUAAAUAUAUACGUAUAUAUCACUAUAUACAUACAUACAUACAUAUAUAUAUAUAUAUAUAUAUAUAUAUAUAUAUAUAUAUAUAAAAAAAAAUUAAAAUAUAUAUACAUAUUAAUUCUACAUAUAUAUUUAUACACACACACACAUAUAUAUUAAUUCUACAUAUAUAUUUAUAUAAUAUUUUUACAUAAUUAGGUAACUUAAUUAAUUACAAUUACCGGGACCUGCCUGAUGCCGAAAGUAAAGGGAAUUUAAUUUGCUAGCACUAUAUUUAACCCUAUAACUUUCCAAGACCCCAUAAAACCUGUACAUGGGGGGUACUGUUCUACUCAUGAGACUUCGCUGAACACAAAUAUUAGUGUUUCAAAACAGUAAAAUGUAUUACAACGAUGAUAUCGUCCGUGUAAGUGCUGUUUGUACGUGAAAAAUGCAAAAAACUUCACUUUGUACAGGUACAGGUUUUAUGGUGUUUUCAAAAGUUACAGCUUCAAAUAUAAGGCUUGUGUUUCAUUUUUUUCACAUUAAAAUUUACCAGAUUGGUUACGUUGCCUUUGAGACCCUAUGGUAGCUCAAGAAUGAAAAUUACCCUUAUGAUGGCAUACCAUUUGCAAUAGUAGACAACCCAAGGUAUUGCAAAUGGGGUAUGUCCAUAGGGUAUGGGGUAUAUCGCAAUCCUAUGUGUGGGCGUUCGUGCGUGUUUGUGGAUGAGGGUUUAAUGUAAUGAAAGAUUUUGGUAAGUAGUUAGAGAGUAGUGGACGCUGGACUCGCGAUCCCUGUGGAAAGCGUGGUUGUGUAUGGUCAGUAGCUAGGGGGUGUCGCGGGUCUCGAUCCUCUUGCGGUGUUUGAAAAUAUAGUUGCAAGUCAGUUGAGUGGCAAAAGGUCGGCACUCACUCAAAUUAUGUGUUAGUGCUGCUGGACAGAAGUAGGUGAGCGGGGGGAGGGGGGGGGAGGAGGGAGGUAAGAGCGGGAGUGUACUCCCUAUGCCAGCGUGCAUCUGAAGGUAAGGGGAUGCGUCCCUAGGAGUACGGUAUUUGUGUCAGUGUGAGAGGUAAACAGCAAAAAGAAAAACAUCAAAUAUAAAAUAGAAAACAAAGCGAGGCAAAAAGAGCGAAAGCAGUGUAAGCCAUAUAACAGGCAACAACAUAAAGAAAUAUAAAUAUAAAGUAAAGUCACUGGUUUCAGUCCGUGGCCGUUCAGGGCACAGCAGUUGUGGCGGGAUCUUCCCGCAUAGCAGCAGGAACAAACGGGCGGACCCUAUUGGGGUCCCAGGCGAUCGGCCGUGGAACCGGAGCAGAGGUCUGCGAUCCCUCCGGAGUGGUUGGAAGCCCGAGGGUCUGCAGCGUGCUGGAUAUUUCGUCCGCCCCCAGUACUCUCAUUGUCCCGGAUUCUUGGGUGAUCAGAAGGCUCCUUGGCGUUCCCCACCUGUAAGGCACCUGGAAUUUUGUGAGUAUCGACGUUAGUGGUUUCAGGGAUCUCCUCCACUCUAAGGUUGCUCUAGAGAGGUCCGGAAAGAAAGUCAAUUGGUGUUCCUCAAAAGAGAAGGGCGAUUUGUUACGAGUGGCCGCCAUGAACGCCUGUUUUGUCAAGGCUGUUUCUAAAGUGGAUUAUGACGUCCCGAUACCCUCCUGUGGCAUUUGUAGGUGGCGCUGGAAGUCUGUAGCUGCCGUCUAGGUGCAUGGUUUUGGCUUGUUUGGCUGAGAAUAGUUGGGUUAAGAGCCUCCGUAUCAGGUGAGGCAGUUCCGCUGUGGUAACUGUAUCAGGUAGGCCGCGGAUCUUUACAUUUUUCCAGCGCCUCCUAUCCUCUGCUGCGGCCAUGCGGUGCUGAAUCUUAACUUGUUCGCCUUUCAGGGCGGCGAGUUCUCGCUCAAGUGUUGCGAGCCUUGUCUCGUGGCCUGCAGUUGUUACCUCCGUAUCGUGGAGGCGGGCUGAGACUCCUUUAAUUUCAUCCCGGAAUGUGGAGAUGUCUGUGGCGAUGUUACGGCGUAGUUCAUCUAGGAGGGACUUUAGGGUGUUCUCUGUCACCGGUUCCCCAGGUCGUCGGUCAGACCGUUUGUCAGGUCUUUUACUGUGUGCCGGUGCCUCCAGGUCUCUCAGAUCGGUGAGGGAAGCUUCGCUGGAUGAGCACGACGGCCCAUCUGUGAGAGGCGCCAUGUCAGGCCUCAUGGAGCCCUGAGGCCUCCAAAGGAGAUCGCCGAUAUCGGCAGUUGUCAGGGGUUUAUCAGCCCGAUAUUUUUUUGACUUGCGCCCCAUCGUGGUUACAAGCUGUAGCCCGGCUGUGGUCCAAAUUUUCAGGGUAAAACAUGUUUUUUUUGCUCUUGUGGCUAUUGUGAAGUCGGAGCUCUUGCAGGACGCGUCCGUUCGCUUAGGCAGCUGGCUCCGCCCCCCUGAUCAUCUUCUUUUAAAACUGGAUUUCUGUAAGGUAAAUUAGCCCCUUAAGGACGGAGCCAAAUGUACACGUUGUGAACGAAACAAAAUGUAUUUGCAUUUGCGCUAUAUGUCUGUCCAACCGUAAUUCACCUCUUUCAUAUUGAAUACACCCACCCUUAUUAUAUAUAAUUUUAUUCAGGGGAAACAGGGCUUUCAUUUAAUAUCAAAUAUUUAGCUAUGAAACAUAAUUUAAUAUGAAAAAAAUGGGAGAAAAUAAGAUUUUUUUUAUUUUAGUUCUACAUGACAUUUUAACGGUCAAUGUCAUAAUACGGUUUGCUUUUACUGCAAUAAAAUACAUAUAUUUGUAUUCAGCAAAGUCUCACGUGUAAAACAGUACCCCCUAUGUACAGGUUUUAUGGAGUUUUGGGAAGUUACAGGGUCAAAUAUAGCACGUUACAUUUGAAAUUGAAAUUUGCCAGAUAGAUUACGUUGCCUUUGGGACUUUAUAGUAGCCCAGGAAAGAAAUUUACACCCAUAAUGGCAUAUCAUUUGCAAUAGUAGACAACCCAAGGUAUUGCAAAUGGGGUAUGUCCAGUCUUUUUUAGUAGCCAUUUGGUCACAAACACUGGCCAAAGUUAGUGUUAGUAUUUGUUUGUGUGUAAAAAAUGCAAAAAACGCCAAUUUUGGCCAGUGUUUGUGACUAAGUGGCUACUAAAAAAGACUGGACAUACCCCGUUUGCAAUACCUUGGGAUGUCUACUAUUGCAAAUGGUAUGCCAUCAUAGGGGUAAUUUUCAUUCUUGGGCUACCAUAGGGUCUCAAAGGCAACGUAACCAAUCUGGUAAAUUUUAAUGUGAAAAAAAUGAAACACAAACCUUAUAUUUGACGCUGUAACUUUUGAAAACACCAUAAAACCUGUACAUGAGGGGUACUGUUGUACUCGGGAGACUUCGCUGAACACAAAUAUUUGUGUUUCAAAACAGUAAAAAGUAUCGCAGCAAUAAUAUCGUCCGUGUGCUGUUUGUGCAUGAAAAAUGAAAAAACUUCACUUUUACUGGCGAUAUCAUCGUUGUAAUACAUUUUACUGUUUUGAAACACUAAUAUUUGUGUUCAGCGAAGUCUCCCGAGUAGAACAGUACCCCCAUGUACAGGUUUUAUGGUGUCUUGGAACGUUAUAGGGUUAAAUAUAGUGCUAGCAAAUUAAAUUCCCUAUACUUUCGGCAUGGGUUGUCAGGCAGGUCCCGCUAAUUGUAAUUAAUUAAGAUACCUAAUUAUGUAAAAAUAUUAUAAAUAUAUAUGUAGAAUUAAUAUAUGUGUGUGUGUAUAAAUAUAUAUGUAGAAUUAAUAUAUAUAUGUGUGUGUGUAUGUAUAUGUAUGUGUGUGUGUGUGUGUGUAUAUAUAUAUAUAUGUAUAUAUAUAUAUAUAUAUAUAUAUAUAUAUAUAUAUAUAUAUAUAUAUAUAUAUAUAUAUAUAUAUAUAUAUAUAUAUAUAUAUAUAAUUUUAUUUUUUUUAUAUAUAUUCUUUAUUUUUGUUGUGCAAAAAUGGUUACAAACAGGCCUGCAGUGCCACGACGGCAGUAACAAGCAAAUCAAGGCAUUCAGUAUUAUGACAUAGGAUUGAAUUGCACAAUUUUAAACAGGUAAAAACAUGGUAAUGUAGGUCUCUGCAGAAGAUAAGCAGGUAAGAAUGGUACAAAACAGGUAUUUGCACUGGCAUUUUUGGUAUUGAAAAAAGAGAAAAAAAAAAAAAAGAAAGAAAAAGGAGUAGUAUUAUAAUAAGAGCAUACUUCACAAGUAUAACCAGCUUCUGGAUUAUAUGUUAGUUUAGGAUUGUAUAUAAACGGGUUAUCGUUCAGGCAAUUUACACAUUUCGUACCAUGGGAAGCCUGUUGGGUAGAUAUGGGCCUUAAUGUUAGGUUGCAAGCUAUGUGGCUGCUGGUGAAGGUUGCCCCGUGUAUAAGUGUGUGGGUCGAAAAGCAACAACAUGCUUUCAUGCCGCUGGGUUGGGGCCAAAAUACAGUAGUUAUAGGCCACAAAUACCACUGGGUAAGACAAUGUGUAUGGGGAUUAAAAAGGGACAAAAUAAAAAUAAAAAAAAAAUCUAAGAAACAGUAGUACAAUCGUGUUACCAUAGCUUUAACUGGUUGAGCCGGACCUCUAGCUGUCUGAGCUCGAAUUGUAUUAUGGGAGCUGUAAAUCAGGCUGUGAGCUGUAUCUCUGGUACUUGCUAUGUACCUUUAGUGUUAAGGUGUGUCGCUGGGCGUUUUGCCUCUUAGUAGCUACUAGAUCUUGUGCCGGAGAUCCUACUGGAGAGAUCUGAUUGGGAUCUUUGGUGUUCUGUGGGGCUGUGAAGACCCUGGGUGGUGAGGAGUGGGCUGUAGGGGUUUUGAGUAGCUGCCCUGUAAAUAAUGUGUCGCUUUAGUGUUAGGAUUGUUGGGAGCCUAUACGUACCUGAGUGGGCAUCUAGCAGUGCGUGAGUGAGGCGGUGAGCAAUUGUUGCCUACACUGGAUUUGGGAGAUAGUGAGGCUCGUGCUUGGUGUUCCCCUAACCAUGGGGGAUGCGGGGGGGAUGGGUGAGUGGUAGGCUCCCUUACUCGCUGGGUUGGGUGCUGUAACUCCCCUCCUAUGUGUCCUAUCUUAAGAAGACCCCGAUAGUGAGGCAAGCAUUUGUAAGUGUAUCAAACAGGGAUAAAAACUUGUAACAAAAUACUUGUACAAAAACAGUGAUAAUGCGGCCCUUGGUUGUUUACGUGAGCCGUGUUUAGGUAUUCAGUCCUGUUCCCUUCCGUGGUUCGUGUUGUUGGCGUCCUGGGGUGAAGGGGACUAUGGUGGUCGGGUCCCAUGAGUGGGUGCUGGCUGAGUCAUCAGGAGGUGCGGAGAGUCCCAUUCUCCCAAAUAGGGCUGGAGCUUCCUCUGCCGAGAAUAUAGUGUGAGCUGUCCCGUUGUGGAGCACACUGAGCGAUCUUGGUGGGGUCCAGCGGUAUGCUAUUCCAGCAUUCCUGAGCCGGCUUGUUACUGGGAGCAUUGUGCGCCUCCACUGUAAGGUGGACCGUGAUAGGUCUUGAUAAAAUGACAGACCUGAGCCCUCAAACUGGUAGGGUGUGUGGUCCCGUAGUGCUGCCAGGAGUGUCCGCUUGUUUUGUGCGGAUGUGCAGUGGAUGAGGAUGUCGCCGACAGCCUGAGAUGGGGCCCUGGCUGAUUUCGGUAGGCGGAACAUACUGUCGAUCGUUACUUUUUUGGCUUGUGUUGGAGGUAGGAGUGAGGUUACUAGGCGCCUUAAAUAAUGGGGCAGUUCUUCCAUUGUAAUAGUUUCAGGUACCCCCCUGAUUUUCAGGUUAUUGCCCCUGGAGCGAUCAUCUAACGUAGUAAGUUGUAAGGAGAGUGCCUGUUGGGCUUUCCUCACUUCCUGGAGCGAGUCUCCCAUGUGGGAUACAGCUUGCUUCACAUCUAUGAUGUCUUCUUCUGUGCUAUGGACCCUGUCAGUCACCAUUUGCAGAUCUGUCUGUAUCACUGCAAUAUCUGCUGCCCAGGUCUGCCUAAAGUCAGCUAGAAGUGCUUUAAUGUCCUGCUUAGUGGCUAGCUUGGAGAAGUCAGGGUAAGGUGGUGCUGUUUGCUCAUAACCUUGUUGCUCAGAUUGAGGCUGUGUCUCCUCCUGUGUGGGAGUCUGAGGUGUACUGGUGAUUGUACCUGCUUCCAGCGUCGCCAUUUUGCUUUGGGCCUGUUUCUGGAGCAUGUCCCCAAUGUCUCUAGAAUCUCCUGGUGUCCCCAGCGGUGGUCUUUGCGAUCUCCUCCCCAUUUCGGGUAGUAGCACUGGCGUUGGGGUUGCAGUUGGCUGUGCUCUUGUGCCCAGUAUCUGGGACGGAUUCUGCCACUCCUCGAGGCCGAGGCCUGGGGGGAGGUGGUAGGCCGCAAGCCUCCUUUUCCGCCGUUUCAGCCCGGGUUGCAGAAAAAAAGGCAUGUACCGGCUCCGUGCGUCGUGCCGGGUGGAGUCUACCUGUUGUGGCAGUCGGAUGGACACAGAUGCCCCUGAUUUUGGGUGGAUUAGGCAGUUUAUCUCCGGAGCCGUGAGUAAUGGCGUCCGCUCUGGUCCGCGGUUAAGCCCCGCCCCUUUUUUAUUUAUUUAUUAUAUAUAGGUAUAUAGUGAUAUAUACGUAUAUAUUUACGUAUAUAGAUAUAUAUUAUUUCAUUCUACAUGUAUUUUGAUAUAAAUAUAUAUAUUAAUAUCACAAUACAGUUAGAACGAAAUAACAUACAUCUAUAUAUUUUUUAAUUAUUUAUUUUUAAUAAUUUUUUAAAUUUUACUUUUUAACGUAUUUACAUAUUUUUUUUAAUAUUAUAUAUAACAAUAAUUAUAUAUAUUUAAUCAGUAUCAGUCUAUGUGUAAUUUGAUAUAUAUAUAAUAUAUAGAAUUAAAGUGUGUGUGUAUGUAUGUAUGUAUAUAUAUAGUGAUAUAUACGUAUAUAUAUAUUAUUUCAUUCUACGUGUAUUUUGAUAUAAAUAUAUAUAUUAUUACAAUACAGUUAGAACGAAAUAACACACAUCUAUAUAUUUUUUAAUUAUUGUUUACACUUAUUUUAUUUCCAGCCAGCAGGGGGACCACCUGUCAUUACAGGCAGCCCCCCUGCUGACAAUGCAGGAGACAGCUAUCCCGGCCAUGUGAUUGUGAGGUCCUCGCAAGGACCUCACUCUCACAUGGUCGGGGGAGCUGCCAGGGGGUCGGACGUGCUGCGGGGGGCUCCAUGGGAGUCCCCCCAACCGCGAUCGCUGGCGUGGGAUCGCCGGUGACCGGGUAAGUAUAGAAAGACCGGAGGGCGUACUAUUACGCCCGGCGGCGUUUAGAGCCGCCUAAAAUAGGGCGUAAUAGUACGCCCUCCGGUCUUAAGGGGUUAACUUACUAUGGCCCUGAUUUUUUUAUAUUUUAGGAUAAACGUAUAAAAUGAGUUAAUAUGAAAAAAUAAUUAAAGCAACCCUAUAUUCACCAAAACAACUUUAGCUUAAUGAAGCAAUUUUGGUGUAUAGAUCAUGCAUUAGAACUUUUGUAAAUAAACAGAAACAAAAGUGAUUUAACUCCUAAAUGGCAGAGAAUUGAGCAGUGAAACUACAGGGGCAUGAUCUAUACACCAAAACUGCUUCAUUAAGCUAAGCUUUCUCUGGUGGUACAGUCAGCUGUUUUAUAAUCACUACCAUGUCAUCCUAGGCCUUAAUACUUUUUUUUUUCAAGGUGCAAGCUAAACCAGGUAGAUUAUACUAUUCUUCAUAUACUAUUAUAAAAUUGUGUGUAAUUUCCUAAUGUCCCACGCUGUUAUAACUGCCUUUUUACAGUACUUGCUCUGGGUGUUGUAGCAUUGCACGUCUGACUGUAUUAUUUUCUCCAUGCACAGCAAAAAUUAAGAUUUAAAAAAAAUAAUAAUAAAUCCCUGCCCCAGUAAGGUUGGCCUAUCAUUGAAGCAGAUGAUGGGUCCUAGGGAGGGGCCAGGCUUUUGUCAACCUGCUUCAAAAAAAAAAAAAGUUUCAGAGAAAGCUGGGGGAAGAUACGCAUAGACUGACAACACUGUAACCAUGACAUUGAUAUGUUAAAGUUAUGGUGCUUAAAGUGGCCCUUUACAAGUUAACAAGAGAACUUGUAAAGGGCGACUUUUUGUUUAUUUAUGAAAACUAUGUUAUAUAAUCUGAUAAAGACUGAAAACGGUUCUGUAACAUUUUCGGUUUAUAGCACAAAGCUUUAGAGAUAUGACUUUGUAUGUGAGGAACUUAAAAUUUAAGGUCUUCAAUGAGCAAACUAGUUUAGUGGCUAUGUGUCUGUAGUCUGACAGCCACUGGAGGCCAUUUAUGGUCAAAUUUAAACAAUGUCAACCUGCAGAGACAGGGUCUCUACCCCAAAAACCACUUCAGUAUUAUAUUGUUUUGGUGUUUGCUAUGUCCCUUUAACUUCCUGUCAAUAAAGAAGCUUCUAUUGGCAUCUUUUCCUACUUGCUUCUGCAGUAUGAUAAAAUUGCCCCUGCUAGAUACAAUCAUCUUAUCCCAAGACAUAUUGUAAAACAACACAUAAAACAUUAUUUAAAAACAUGAUGGAGACUUUAAAUAUACAUUGGAUACAUAACCAGAACUUUACCUUAUUAAUUAUGCUGUUCCAUCUCAACAAAGCUUUUAAAGAAAAUUUUAAGCAUGCUAAACAAUAGAAACCAAUCAGGUUUGCAGUUUUCUGCUUUCUUUUGUAAUUUCUAUCAAAUACAUACAUAGACAUGCUGAAAAAGCUUUUGUUUAAAUAUGUUAGAUCAUAUAAGAUGUUUUUGGGAGAUUGUUUUCACCUAUUUGAGAAAUAUCAAAAUUUGAUAUUGUAUGUAUCUGAAAACCUUUUCUUAAUCUAUUACACCUCUCUUCCCUGUAGGUUGAUAAGGCAGGAUGGAGUCUAGAUGAUGUGGACCUAUUUGAAAUAAAUGAGGCUUUUGCUGCUCAAGCUUUAGCAGUGACUAAAGAGUUAGGACUAAACCCCAAAAAGGUAAGUUAAAAUGGGCCUUUAUUGUCCCAAUCCAAAAUAUUCACAUUGUAUAUCACCUUUGAUUGUAUACUCCUCUGAGUAGCUUUGCUGUAGAUAUAACUCAUAAAGCUGAGCUGUGCCAUCAAAGAGCAGGAGUUCGAGACACGCAACCAGUCCCAUUAGAUAACAAAAGGCUACAUUGUGUACUGCUACAGGUGAAAUUCCAGUCACAUUAAACCUAAAAAGUCCUAACUCAGAAAUAAAACAGGGCCUGUGGGAAAUCCCUAAAGAGAGAUAUAUAUAUAUAUAUAUAUAUAUAUAUAUAUAUAUAUAUAUAUAUAUAUAUUUUUUAUUAUUAUUUAUUUAUUUGUGCUCGGAAUUUCUAAUACCUAAUGGAAUGUAGAAGCAAAGUUGGUAGAGGUGGGUCGAAACCAACGUACGAGUAGGCCUGUGAUAAGAGGGCAAAAGAUGAUUCAAAGAAAACACACUUUAUUACAAGUUUAUACAGCGAGAGUACUGAAAGCUUGUAAGGAGCUUUUACCCUGAUUGAGGUAUAUAUGUAAUUGAGCUGACGAUUACGUGUGGCCCCAUCACUUAGUGAUGUAGACUGGGGUGUAAGAGCUAGAAGCUGCUGAUGCAGCGCUUUUGUGAAAAAGAGAGACCAGCGAAGGAAGCCAUGCUGUAGCUCAUCUUAAAGGGAAACUCCAGUGCCAGGAAAACAAUCCGUUUUCCUGGUACUGCAGCUCCCCUCUCCCUCCCACCCCCCGGUAGCCCGGUCACUUACCUAAGACUCCGCCGAUGUCCCUUAGCGGUGGUUUCUGCUUGCCGCCGCUCCUCCGAGUGAUUCCGUCAGCCGGUGGGCGAGACUGAUUCUGCCCGCUGGCUGAGGAAACCUAAUGCGCGCAUGUGCAUUAGAGCUCUCCAAAGGAAAGCAUUGAAAAUGCUUUCCUAUGGGGAAUUGAGCGACGCUGGAGGUCCUCACACAGCGUGAGGACGUCCAGCGACGCUCUAGCACAGGUGAUAGGGACACAGAAGUGCCCUCUAGUGGCUGUCUAGUAGACAGCCACUAGAAGUGGAGUUAACCCUGCAAGGUAAUUAUUGCAGUUUAUAAAAAAACUGCAAUAAUUACACUUGCAGGGAUAAGAGUAGUGGGAGUUGGCACCCAGACCACUCCAAUGGGCAGAAGUGGUCUGGGUGCCUACAGUGUCCCUUUAAUGGAAGGUUUAGACGUGAAGUGAUGCAUUAGGACUGAUAGUGUGUGGUUGACCUUGGAGACAUAAAAGCGGAGUGACCGCAUAGGAGGUAUAAGUAAGAUGCUUGAGUUGUAGGAUUAGAGAAAGAGGCAAAAAUUAACAUAGUUUAACUGCAAAAAGUCUUGAAUCAAGCAAACUCUACUUGUGCCAUGGUACAAUAUACAAAGCCCUGGCGUGAGAGAUAGCGUAGUCGUGAAACCGCGUGAAGCGUGCGUACCUGUACCAGGUGUAAUUGUGUGCUUAGUCCAAGAUAAGCUCAUGGAAUGGUGGUAUCCUAGAUGGUAGGUACUGGGUCGUAGGGAGUGCCUGAAAGAAGACCUUAAAUUGGGCGUAAAAAAGUGUCAGUGGCUGUGUUGUGAACAUUAGGAGUGUAAAAGCAGAGUAGAAAGAACUGAGAGGUUGCUGCCAGCCAAGUCAGCCUGCGAAUCAGCCCCAAAAUGGUAAGCGAGGAUGACCGCCCUUGUUAAUGAUGUCGCAGGCUGCGGAGUUGUCAGAGCAGCAUUUAACUGCCUUGCCGGUCUAAAGAUGACCCCAUGUGAGGGUGGCCACCACGAUGGGGUAGAUCUCUGACAAAGUCUCUCUAAAGGCCCGAAAAUGGCUGCGAAUCCUGUAUGUGCUGCUGCGUCUGUGUGAAUUGAAAGGGAGUGUUCUGAAAGUGGGGGAAUGAAUGAAGAGAUCUUGAUCCAUGGCCAAAAGCUACUCCAAGUGUGUAAAACUGCCCUGGCUGGAUCGUCCCGAAUGUUUGGGCAGGAGUAGGCACCUCGUGGAGCAAAUUAAGUAGCCCAGGGACAAGAGACCUACUCUGCAGAAUUAUAGCCUAGUGACAGAGGGACCCCGAGUGUCGUGAAAAGGAAGCUGUGGUGGUGUGAACAUUGUUAGGUGUUUGUGAACCUGUUAAAACAACAACAAAUUCAUCCAGAUAGUGGAUGACUAAUGGACACCUGAAUAUUUUUAGGAGUGGCCAGCAGAGGGUUUGUGCAAAGAUGUUGAAUACUUAGGGCUGCUCCGAGAGCCCAAUGUAGGCCAGGUGCCAUAGUGAAGGGUGAAUAAGUAGUAGAUUAAAGGAGUUGGAUAAGUCUGUCUUGCUACCUGCUGAAGUGAUAGCUUGCAUGGCAUCAUCGAUUUGCGUAGUGCAGUGAGAACUCCUUAGCGGGAAUGAGGGAGUUGAUGCUGGGAAUCGAUGUAGAGUGCGGUAGAGGUCUAUGAUCAGAUGUAUUAGGGUAUUGUGAAUGGCUACCUCGAUGGGAUUGGUACGCCAAGAUGAGAAGUGUGAAAUGUGGUCCACCGUAAGUGGGUUCAAUGGAUGCAGAUAUAGGGCAUAUGAGUGUACCAGUGGGAAUGGCGAUAAGGCCCAUGUGAAACCCCUCCCCAGAAUCUACCAGCUGCCUAGCUGGGUGUAAAUGCAGAUAGUAAUCUAGGAUAACAAUGUUAACCUUAGUCAGGCGUAUCUUAAGUGACAGACAGGCUGUAUAUGUGGACUAGGUGUGGGCUCUGGAGCAGAUGUGCGAUACUCUACAUGUAGUGAAAUAGCAUGCCCCAGCAUUAAAGUGAUAGAGCGCCCGAGCCUUACCCGGAAAUGAAAUGGUCAGCCCAGCUUGUCCCUCUGCCCGCCUCCCUGUCUAGUGCGUGGGGUGAAGGAGUGGUGAAAAGUGGAAGUGGCUGGCUCUAUGCGAGAGGCAAUGACAAACUGAGGAAUGGAAAGCUUUGUUAUGUCAUGGGUAUCACACUUUAGGACUACUGAAAUGUCACCAUAAAUAUAACGUUUGUACUGUAGGGUGUCUUGGGAAGUUAAGUAGUGAUGUUCGUUUAACGUCCUUUCCAUCGAGAAUUAACUUCUCCGUGGAAAUUGGAACAGAGUGGGCCGGUGAGACGUAUGGAGUAGUGAUAGUGGGUGGUGGGGGACGGAGAGGGGAAAUGAGGGGUAAGUCAGACUGUAUGACCGAGAUCGCCAGGGGAGGGCCUGCCGGGCUUAACGAGACACCUAGCUGAUUCCACUUACCAGCCUGUUGAUCGUUUGGAGGCUGGCCGGGAUAGUGAACGGGGUCUCCUGAGUGGCGGCCCUUGUGAACUAGAGCCGGGCCUGGGGACGUUGGCCUGAACCGUCGUGAGCCUGUGUAGUUCGGCUGGAGAGGUGAUACCCCUGAGUCUGAGCUCUUCAGAUAUUUUAAGAAUGGUCCAGAAUCCCAGGUAACUGAGGGUAGAAGGAGAGAGGGAUUCCUUUGGAGAGACCCAGGCCUGACUGACGUGCUGGGUAUUUUGUCCAAUAGCAGACCAAAUAUUGGAAUGGAUUCUUGUGACAUUCUGAAAAAGGAAUAAUGAUUUGGAUAAGUAAUGUGUCUUAAAGGUGUGGAUGAGACCUUCGGGGAACUGGCCUGCUAGCUAGUGCCGAGGCGAAUAAUUUACCUAGAACCAAGUGGCGGAGAGAGGCUCUAUGAUUUGGGAAUUUUUUGUGGCCACUUGAACGUAGUACAGGGUGUUGGCCUCUCGGUGACCGUAAGAGAUUCAAAAAGUGUGGCCGUGACUUGGGAAGACCUAACUGUAGCCCUAAAGAAGGGCGGGUGAGGUAGCUAACUCUGAUUUGGUUGUGGGGCUGACACUCCGUAUAUGAGGUGGGGGUGUAGACCUCGCGGGACCGUGGUAUUACUUAGGAUAGCUAAGGCCAACGCCUAACCCUCAAUGCCAGUUCACUAGCCUGAUGGGGCUUGUCUCCUUGAAUGGUGUAAUGGAACAUAUGUAUAUACUUAACCUUGAGUAUUGUCCUAUCUUUGGUCAAUGCGCAGGAGAAUUAUGAUAUAUUCUUGCUUCUGCAGGGAACGGGUCCGGUCAAGAUAUCUUAAGGGUAAUAAAGAUGCUAGAGAGCCUGCGGCGUGCCACUGGUAUGCCAAGUGUAAAAAAUGUCAAACAUAUGGGUAUAGUGUAAUCGUGAAACUGUAACGUAAGAACCCGUGUACGAUGAGGGACCUGAACGUUGGUCCGUAAGUAGAGACAAGCCCCCUGAGAUCCCCUGAUUGGGGAAUUUACAUGAUAUGAAGGCGAAGUGAGGCCUGAAGGAGAACGUAAUUGUAGUGAGUAAGAUUUAACAAUACCUGAGACUGAAAUGCAUGGAACUAGGUAGUCUUGUUGGUGGUUGAUGCCGUGUAACUUGGCGAAACUGCGGAAAUGACACAGGUCUGAGAGAAGAAAUGUAGAAACAAUAGACAAGAAAUUAACCGUUUAAAUAAGUAGUAGCAAAGUGGUGUAGGUUUGUGUGAUUGAGGUUUUAAAUGCCGUGAGUAAUCUCAGAUCUGGCCUGUUUGAAGUUUAGAACCCACUUUGGGAGGUGGGGAGGCUGAAUGAGGCCUCGAGGGGAAAAAGAGAAUUGGUAAACUUUUUUUACCUGAUACAGUAAUGCAGGAUACUGGGAUACCACUUACCUUGAAGACUGUUUGGAGGAAAGUAGUAAAAACCUAAAAACAUAUGCAGUCUAAGUGUAAGGAACCCGUAUAUAAGGACUUUUAAGGAACGGAGGUUUUAAAAACGUACAAAUGGUCUGUAAUGAGCCUGGUGAAAAAGGACCGUAAUGGCUUAACCUAUGAGCGGAGAGACCUUAGUUGCGUAGAAGACUAGUACAUUAGGGAAAGUACAAUAGACUAAGUCCCAGCAGAGUUAGAUAACAAUGCCUGGAGGUGUAUUUUAUUUUAUUUUUUUUAUAAUUCUUUAUUUUUGUUGUGCAUGGGUUUACAGCAGUGCUUGUAUAGCCACAACAGCUUCCACAAGCGCAUUAUUAUUUGAACAUAGGUAAGUUAUGCGUUAAAACUUGCACAUUUUUACAUUUAAUGAGUUGUAUGAACAAGCUAAGUAAUCUCCUAUAUGAGAUUUGCAUCUAAUAGAUAGAUUGUAUGUGUUAGACAAGUAUGCCUAGUUUGAUUGGGUGUAGGUUAGCGUUUUGUCUGAGAUGGUCUAGGCGCAUGAGGAGGAGAUUUUGCUUUUCAUCAUCUUAAGUUAGGUCAGGCUGAAGAAGCCCUGUGUAGGUGCCAUAUAGUGAUCCCUUGGGGGGGGGGGAUUGUCACUUAAGGGUUCGGGGGUAUUGUGUAUGUUGCUUCUCUGUGGGUAGGUCACGUUUUGCAUCUGACUGAGUAGGCUCUAUACUGAGCUGGUUGCCAGGGUGUGUGGUAUCAGGGUUGCCUAGUGAGCAUCAGGUGAGUUGGUAGGUCUCGUGCCUGAGGGUUAGUGUAUAACUAGUGUAGGGAAGAGAGUGAGGGUGUGGGUAUAUACGCUCCAUUGUGUAGUUCGCCCACUCCUGAGGGGGGUAUUUGUUGGGGAUUAUGGGGGGUAAUCGCCAUCUCGGUCGUGUAAUUGUCAACCCAAAUUCGGGUUUUCAUGACUAGCCGUCGUGUGGUUUAAAAACAUAAACUGAAGCAUUAAUGCUAAACGUUGAACACAUUUUAAACAGUAGGGCUUUGUUGGGGUGUUCGGCUGUCUUGUCGAGUUGCGUUUAAGUAUUUAGUGUUCAGUCCUGCUAAGGCUCCAUUUCCCCUGAUGUGGCGGCUCUCGGUGUGAAUAUGGCCGUGUUCACUGGGUCCCAGGCUUUGGAUGGUUUGUCUUGUGUUCUUACGGUCUGGCCUGCUAUGCCUAGUGAUGCAAGGUAUAUCUGCCCCUGCUUCUAGUGUGUGGACAGUCCCGUUAUGCGUAGCAUACAGCGUUCCAGGGGGGCCCCAUCUGUAUGUCACCCCAGCUGUUCUGAGUUGGGAAGUGAUCGGUGCCAAUGAUUUGCGCCAUUGCAGUGUGGCUCGUGUGAGGUCCUGGUAGAAGGUUAGAGAGGCGCCUUCAAAGGACAGCGGUGUUUUACCCUUCAGGGCUAGCAUAAUCUGGGCCUUAUCCUGAGAGGUGGCGCAGCGGAGUAUGACGUCUUGCAUUUGGCCUGGUUUUGCCGUGGGUGAGCCUGGUAGUCGAAAUGUUCCUUCAAUGGUUAAUUUCCUGGUCACUGGGUGAGGUAAGAUGGUCGCCAUCAAUCGCCUGGCAUAGUGUGGUAGUUCAUCUGCGCUAAUGUUAGCAGGGACUCCCCUUAUCUUAACAUGGUUGCGGCGUAGUCUGUCUUCAAAGGCCGUCAGCCUGAGCGACAAGGUUGAUUGGUGCACUUGGAGCUGAGUAACUGUGUCUUUAAUUGUGGUCAAGUCAGAGUUAAUGCUGCCGAUGUUUGUUUCAGCUUGUUACUCGGCCUGUGACUGCCUGUAUGUCUGCUUUUAUUUGCUGGAGGUCUGCAGCCCAGACCUUGUGUAUGUCUGCCAGCAGUGCCUUUAAAUCAGCUUUGGUAGUGGGAGCUGUGCCAUCAUAGGGCUCUUGGGAUGGGGCCUGAUCUGUCUGCAGGGCUUGUGUGAUCCCUACCUCAUCACUCUGCCUCGUGGCUUCAAUGUGUGUAGGCUGCAGUACCUCUGUGGAGGGUGUUUUGCCCGGCGCCGGUCGUUGCAGCAUGGUGCCAAUAUCCCUGCACUCUGCCGCUGUGUGUGUGGUUUUUGGGACCGACGUCCCAUUGCUGGCAUUUGAUGUGGGGAUGAGGUGUCUGGGAGUUGCAGGCUGUGUCCCACUCUGCCGAUUGCGAGUAGGUCGUCCAGGCUGUAGGCUGGCGUUGCGCAGUAGGCCCCAGACCUGCGUUUUAUUUUUGCCUGUCUGGGCGGCUGGAAGAACGGCAUCGACGGAUGCAGGAACUCUCGGUGAGGUAGGGCGGCCGGGUUGCGUCGUCUUAUGGGGUUGGAUGCCCGCGAUUUUCGGUGGGUUUUAGGCGAAUUGCGGGGAGCUGGCUGAGAUGGCCGGAGGUGUAUUUUAUUAACAUAACUUAUAAGUGAAAGUGGCCAAACUGUGCCUUUGAGAAGAUUACCCUGUAAAAGAUAGGUGUCCCAUAAUUAUGUGACCAUGGACGGGAAUUAGUGAAGCACAUUAUUUAACCAGUGUGACUUUAAGAGCCAUAUAAUAAAACUCAUAAAUUCAUAUAGGAUAAAUAAUGUGAGUGCUUAGUUUAAGUGAAUGGCAUAACUAGGUACAUUUACAGCAGAUUUGUGAAUUUAAACACUGUAGCCUCUUGCGUUCGGUUAAACUAAUGAACAGGAGAACUGUAAAGAGAAAGAUCUGCGUUCGGUUAAAUGGAGCAUACGAACUGAUUAAAAUGUAAGCCAAUUGUCUACGUGGUUGGCUGAACGAGCGAACGAACGGAUGAAACAGUCUAGCGCAAGUUUGUUUAGUGCAGUCGGUAGUUAGCUUAUACGAAAGGAGUGUGUAAUGAAGGGAGCCUAUCCCCGCGUUUUUAGGCCCGAACGUGGGAAAUAAACUAACGCCAUUUCCCACGUUUAUGCUUGCGUGGAUGUGCCGGUCUCGAGACCGGACACCGGGUAGAGAGUAGCGAAGUCAGGUAGAAGCCGGUGGACGGGCACGGAAGCAGGAGCUGCUGGCGACUGACUGCUUGCUGGAAACUUGGCGGGAAAGUCGAACCGGAAGUGCAGGUAACUAUGGAGACUACAAACAGCUUGCACGACAAAGGUAAGUAGAUGGGUAGGGUUUAAAUAGGAUCAUUACGCCUAUAUAUAUAUAUAUAUAUAUAUAUAUAUAUAAAAUUUCAUUUAACAUUUUUCUUACAUCCCACCAGUAGACCCAUAUCAAAGGAACACUGUUUGCACAAAAAUAUUUACAGCUCUGUGUAGUUAUUUUUAAAAAUUCUUUAUUUAGUACUGCACAAGCAAUAUAAAUUCAGCAUACACUUUUCUUGACUAGAUGUUUUCAAAAACAGUAGGUUAGUGCAAACAGCCCGAACAAAAUAAUAUAACAGAAUAACAUAAUAUUGCAACAGUAGUGGGUCCAAGUACCACUACACACCCCCCUUCGGAUGCCACCCCUCACCAACAAUCAUUUUAAUAUCCCAGAGACAUUCAGCUGUAGCACACCAUCGGCAUCACUCGAAACACAUUUUGUGCAGUGAAAUAUCUCAAAUGAACACAAGUUAAAGUGCAGGAACUCGUAAGAGUUGGCAUUAAGUAGCGUUUUUGAGUUUACCCCCUCCACCUUGUUUUGAAGUCGUACUCAAAAAUUGACACACCUUGAAAAAAGAUUCUAAAGAUCAGAUUGGAUGUCAUUGAGGGGAUUGCUCAUAUACUGGAUAUAUUUGCAAUUAUUUAUCACUUUUUUGUACACUUUGAGGUGUAUUCUAUUUCUAAUAUUUUUGCAUUAUGCAUUGCUCACUUUUGUUUGUUUGCAGUGUUUGUAAAAGGUGGAAUUAGGAUUAGUUCCACGGUGUUAACGAGCUGCACAUUAUUUUUAAGCGCCAAUCAUUUCACACAUUAAGUUACACAAUAUGUUCAAUUCUAUCUACACCAUAUGACUCCCACCUAGUAAGCAAACAUACACCAAUACGGAGUUCUCCCUGCAAAGCAUUUGUAGGCAGUCCCAAACUAUAAUACCGGUGUACCUCAUGGGAAAAAUCUAAAUGAUAAAAUUCCAUAAAACAUCACACAAAAGGGGCAAGCGUAUAACCCAAAACAAUCUGCAAUACAAAUAUCAAAGGUAGUGUAAUAUGAUCAAGGCACAAUAUAAUAAAUAGUGGACUAUUACACUUACAAACGCAAGUAGUUAGCAGGCAGGGCAAAUAAUCACUGUGUUCAUAAUCUUUUGCGUUCGAACUCCCAGUAUUCUCAGUAGUGCAUAGAAUGGAAUAAAGUGACACAGUACAAAACUGUAUAAUAUUAAAAACAACAUUUUAAUAAUAUUGCACUCUCAAAUUUCCAAAAGGAUAAAAGGCACAUCAACAAAAUAUACUUGUUACAGGAUCCACUGCAAGAGGAACCAUGUUCCAGUUCGUUUGGUUACUGGAGGAAUCCCAUCACACAGUAAAACAAUAUGUUCAAAAAAAUCAAUCACGCUAUUGCGUGGACUUCCUCAGGCGUAUUCAAAUUAGUCUGCAGCCUGACUAAAGAGGUGCGGAAACAUGAGAUUAAAAUAGAUAGUACAGUUUAGGAGUGAGGAUACCCAGCCAUAUACACACACGAUGUCUCAAAGUAACUUUCUGUGUAAUCUCCUGUAGACACAUUCCCAAAUAUCAGAGAAUAGCAAACACUGGUGUAAGAGAGACAAAGCACAUCAGAUACUACUUCAGCAGUAUGAAGACUCCCUAGCUAAAAUCCAGUCUUUUGACACAGGGGGUUAGGACCUUCGGAGGGUAGUUGAAGUUCUCUGGUACUUAGAAGCUUACAAAUUUGUGUAGAUAACCUUGCGGAAGAGGGGCUACAGUUUUGCCAUUGUGGAAAACAAACAUUUUUAAAAAGUACCCCCAUGCAAAUGGGAUAUUGUUGGAGCAAGGAUCUGCGUAAGAUUUCCAUGCCCUGAGUUUCUGCAGCAUAAGUGGGGGACAUGUCUUGGAAGGGGGCUUAUCCUUAUAUGGGAGUACCUUUAUAUGCAAUACCUCGGCAUCAUUUGAUGAUGGCAUCCCUGGUAGAAUAAAUAAGGAAUUUUACUAUAACAUCCCAGGGCUGCUCACCUUCUCUCCUGUGUGUGGUCAAUCUGCCAGAUGUCCUCUGGUAUCUCUGGAAGCAAAGGCCAAAAUAUAUCCAGUACAAUAGGGCCCAGCGGUUCCUCUUGGCUGUCUUCUUGCAUCUCACGCAUGUGGAUGUUAUUCCUUUUCAAUUUGCUAAGUCUUCCAGUAGCAUUUCAGCCUCCUCUAACAUAGCGCUUCUGUCGGUGUGGUCAGUGGCAUCAUUGUGGGCAACUUCCUACACUCUGGACUCCAACUCAGCAGUGCAAGUUCACUGCGCCUGAAUUUCAGCUUCCACUUCUGAUGCCCUCUGUUCAAUCUCCCCAGCCAGGUGCAGACUUUGUGAAGUAUCAGUCAAGCCUGAGAGCAAUGUGCCUGAAGCAUCAGUGUUUUUUUCCUCCGAAGGCCUUCGUUGGCUAGAGGAGGUGAUAUCUUGGGUGGCUGCCAAAGUCUGGCAGGCUGCCUGAGAAAUGUUGGCAACCGAGGGGUCUUUGUUUAGCACGAUAAUGAGAUGGUUUCAGGUCUUGUAGGUAAGCAUCCUUCAUUCAGGGUAAAAUAGAUUUAGCCAAAAACUUAUAUUUUGUGCGGUUUGCUGCAUGAUGGGCAGAGCUUGGCAAUCAGACUAUCAUUCCAACUGAUGUCCAUGUUGACUACUAAUGUUUUAAAAGUGAAAUGAGGCUUUCUGUAGUGUAGUGGUUUGAGAAGAAAACUGGGUCUCAAAGCCCAAAUUCAAGCCCCUCCGGAGUCAAUCACCAACAGUGGAAAUCACACUUCCUCCAUGUCUAAAGCCAUUCAACCUUGUUUUAAAAUGAUUAGGGGAAAGGGAGGGGUAAGGAUUCUUUAUAUACAAAGUUUUGUGGGAGUUCUACAUCUUUGUAAAGUUUGUUGUUGCCCUACCCCCCAUUUCUACAGUACGUUCUUGACCACUGCAUGCUCAUUGCAGAGAUCGUGGCACUUACUCGAGUAAUGCAUACAUGGUAGUGUUACACUGAUAAUAAUCCAGUCAUAUACAAACUUGCAACAGAAGUGCAAUGGUACCAGUGCAUACAACAUAGACACAACCAUUCAUCUGUUAACUGUAGGAUUAAGAUUUCUGCUGUCAGCAAUCUGUGCAAUAGUUAGGGUGCCAGAGAGCAUCAAUAUAGGGUGACAUAAGGAUUCCUUCCAGCAACUAUGUGUGCGCGCGUGCAGAGCACCAGCUCUAGAAGGGUUAAUAUAUUGUACCUGCAGCAGUCCUAGUAAUGGAAGAGCAUUCUCUCUGAAAGUUCAGCUCUCUGAUUUCUAUUUAGUAACAGUAUGUGUGAAUAGAGGCCAUGUUUUGAUUGAAGAUUCGAGACAUUGGUGGUCACUUGCCAGAAAGUUUGUGCAUAACACAUACCAUUUAUUGCCCAGUGUUUAACCAGACUAAUAGCCAGUCACCCAUCUUUAUGCACAAGAAGGGGGUGGGGGUCUAACAAUGCCACUUGGAAGAAAACCAAAAAUAACAUGAUAUGCACGGUAAGCCAAUUGGGAUUAGUUAUAAAACUAAAGGAUAUCCCACAGGUAUUUUAUUAUCUAUUUGUGUCAAUACUCUAUAGUGCAUUUGCUCUUUUUUGUAUUUCAGGUUAACAGUCAAGGUGGUGCAAUUGCCCUUGGUCACCCUCUUGGAAUGUCUGGGUGUCGCAUUUUGGUUACCUUGCUAUACGCUUUGGAAAGAACGAGUGGAAAGAAAGGAGUGGCUGCUCUUUGCAUAGGAGGUGGCAUGGGAAUUGCAAUGUGUGUUGAAAGAACAUGCUGA